UCGACUUCCUGGGGGACCACGUGAUCUAGACGGAUGAUGGCGGGCGCGGCAGAAGAUAUGCGAGCGCUCUUCGGGGCUGGCGUCCGCGCAGCGCUGGAAGCUUGGCCUGCUUUACAGAUCGCUGUGGAGAAUGGCUUUGGGGGCGUGCACAGCCAGAAGAAGGCCGAGUGGCUGGGGGGUGCAGUGGAAGAUUACUUCAUCGCCAAUGCUGACUUGGAGCUGGAAGAGGUGGAAGAUUUCCUUGGGGAGCUGAUGACCACUGAGUUUGAUACAGUUGUGGAAGAUGGGAGUCUGCCCCAGGUGAGCCAGCAGCUACAGACCAUGUACCACCACUUCCAGAAGGGUGAUGGGGCUGCUCUGCAGGAGAUGACCUCUGAAAUUAACCAAAAAAAGUGCAAAGUCACAGCUACCCCAUUCAAGACAGCCAAAGAAACGGAUGUGGAUGAAGAUGAUGUGGACAGUGUGGAAGAAAUGGAGGUGAAAGAGGUGACAGCGACAAAUGAUGAGGCCACAACGGAUGGGGUCUCUCCCCAGCCUCAACCCACUGAUCCAGACUCCCAGACUAUUAAGGAAGAGGAUAUAGUAGAAGACGGUUGGACCAUUGUCCGGAGAAAGAAAUGAGCAGGGCAGUAAAUGUUUUGGGCUAUUGUUAGGUGUUAUGAGAGACUUAGGGGCUGUUUGGGGCGCCCUGUACACCUCUGUCCUGGUAACCAUAUCCCUACCUUGUUCACCUGUCAUUCCCUUCAGGGGAAGAAAAGCCCUAGAAUCUUUGGUUGUGGGGUUGAUGGGACCUAUUGAAUCUUAAGGUACCAUAUGAGAAAUGAGACCAUGUUUGCCAGCAUAGUGCCUCCUAGGUGCGACGAAUGUUAAGAUGGCUGAUGAGUGUGGAUGUACUUAUACUAGAAGCCAACUUGUGAUAAGUGGGCAGGUGAGAGGCUGGCUGAAUUGGGAAUAAUAGUGAGAUAAACACGCAUUUGGAAGACAGAGUAGAUGGAGGUGUGGUACCUCCCAAUAUCCCACCCCAGCCUCCCACAGAGCAACUCUUACCCUGCCCAGAACAUGCAUCUUCCCCACCCCCACCUUGAA